AUGUCGUCUUCGGCGCAUAGUCAGUGGGCGACACGGAGGUCUUCCUCCGCGGCCACGCGUGGGACGAGACCAGCGGACUUGGAGCUGGCGGACGCCGCGCCCGGAGCGCAUGGACCCGGCACAACUAUCACCAACAACGCGUUUAUGGCACAGGACGUGCCCGAGGGUGGCAACACGCGCACCGAGGACACACACGGUCACGCUGCCACGGUAGUUCACCCGUACCUCUCUCACCCCCGGAUGUCCAUGCGGAUGUCCGUGUACAGCGUCGGGGUCCGUCCGGUCCUCACCCGCGCCCACGUUCAAGGACGCGUGUACAACUUUCUGGAGCGGCCGUCCGGAUGGCGGUGUUUCGUCUACCACUUCACAGUGUUCCUCAUUGUUCUAGCUUGUCUAAUCCUCAGCGUUCUCUCCACCAUUGACCAGUACCAGCCGCUGGCUCACAGCACACUCUUCUGGGUGGAAAUAGUUCUGGUGGUUUUCUUUGGUGUGGAGUAUUUUGUUCGCCUCUGGUCAGCAGGUUGCCGCAGCAAAUACGUCGGCCUAAAGGGGAGACUACGGUUUGCCAGGAAGCCAAUAUCUAUUAUAGACCUGAUUGUAGUUGUUGCCUCAAUCAUUGUGCUGUCAGUGGGCUCCAAAGGCCAGGUGUUUGCCACCUCUGCUGUUAGAGGAAUUCGCUUUCUUCAGAUCUUGCGGAUGCUCCACGUGGAUCGCCAGGGAGGAACGUGGCGCCUCUUGGGCUCUGUUGUCUUUAUCCAUCGGCAGGAGCUGAUCACGACAUUAUACAUUGGCUUUCUGGGGCUGAUCUUCUCCUCCUACUUUGUCUACCUGGCAGAGAAAGAUGCUGUAGACAGCAGUGGCUCUACUGAGUUUGGCAGCUAUGCCGAUGCACUGUGGUGGGGAGUGGUGACAGUCACCACCAUUGGCUAUGGAGACAAAGUGCCACAAACCUGGAUUGGCAAGACCAUUGCAUCCUGUUUCUCAGUCUUUGCCAUUUCCUUCUUUGCUCUGCCAGCGGGAAUACUGGGCUCUGGCUUUGCCCUGAAGGUGCAGCAGAAGCAGAGGCAGAAACAUUUCAACAGACAGAUCCCUGCAGCCGCCUGCCUUAUUCAGACCUCGUGGAGAUGCAUUGCAGUGGAGAACCCAGAAUCUGUAACCUACAAGAUGUUUUUAAAGAAGAGAUCUUUCCACCCUUCGUCCUCUGUGUCCAGUCCAAAACCCAAGAAAACGGUAAAAAUGAAGAGGAAGUUGAAGAGCAAUGACAGCAGCCCUAGUUCUCCCACAAUUCCCAGCAUCACCUACGACUCUGUAUUUGACAGCGGGAAGGAGCUGAGUUCAGAUGUGUACAGCACUGUGGGCAGAGAUCCCCUGCAGCAGUCUUGGACAUCUCUGUCUUCGCUACAGUUCAGCUCACCACCCCCAGUGAAAAGAAACCUGUUGGAGGUCCAUUCCCUUGGCCCCCUUCAGCGGAACAGCAGCUUUGCAGAUGACUUGGACCUGGAAGCAGAGAAGGACAGCGAGCUGGCUCCAGUCACCUCAAUGUCACAGUUGAAGGACUCUCACAGACGAGCUAUCCGAGUGAUCCAGAGAAUGCGCUUCUUUGUGGCCAAGAAAAGAUUUCAGCAAGCUCGUAAGCCGUACGAUGUGCGGGAUGUGAUUGAGCAAUACUCCCAGGGCCACGUCAAUCUCAUGAUGCGAAUUAAGGAGCUGCAGAGAAGACUGGACCAGUCCCUGGGGAAGAUCACUUUGUUCCAGACUAGUACAGACCGGGCCAAAGACAAAGGCACCAGCUCUAUCGGGUUUAGACUUAACAGGAUGGAGGAAAAGAUAACCCAUAUGGACAGGACUCUGAACCGCAUCGCAGAGUCUCUUACCCAUCUACUGAACCAGAGGGGCGUAGGGGUGGAAGAAGGGGGAGUUAGGGCCAUCCGUCUGUCUGUCCGUCUCUCUUUCUAUGCAGAGAAUGAAUUAUAUUACCUUAUGGAUUACAGAGGCAAAUACUAG